UAAAAAAUAUCUAAUUUAGAUUUUUAUAUGAAAUUGUGUACUAUUCGGUGUGAGUUAAAGUAAAGGACUUUAUAAUGGAAAAUAAAAUUCCUUUGGUAACACAUUGAGUGAAGUAACUAAACCGAAAGUGGAUGGCCCGGAAUGAGUUUGGCUAGAAAACAUCGAAUUGCCUCUUGGAAGGUUCUUAGAAGAUGCGUCAUAUUUUUUAUGGCAAUUUGCGUCAUCCCGGUUACUUUAGUUUUACUUGUUACAACCGAUCAGUAUAUGAAACCGAAUAGAGUUGGUGAGAUGGGAUUUAUAAGACCUCAAAUUUCUGAUGCUGUUAUAAGUUCGCAAGUAAAGUUAACAAAAAAUUUAACCGCCGUUGCGGAAAGAUUAGAAAAGCGGAAAAUGUUUUUAAAGAGAACUUGCUCUAAUUUAGGCCUGGAUAUUCCUGGAAAUGAUUCUUUACAUAAACCGAACGCUUGGGAAUUUUUGGUAAAUACGCAAGAUCAUAUUAUAUGGUGUAACGUUUUUAAGGCAGCCUCAACAUCUUGGAUGUACAAUUUUAAUAUUUUAGCGGGAUAUAGUCCAGGUUUUUUACAAAAAACUAAAAUGGUACCUUUACAUUUAGCCAGACAAAAAUAUCCAAGAGUCCCAUUGGAUGAUUUAAAAAAAUCUUUUAACGAUUCCUUAUCGUUUUUAAUAGUUCGUCACCCGUUAGAACGUUUAAUGUCCGCGUACAAAGACAAAUUACAACACGCUUUACCGCACAGUUACCAUCAACAACUUGGAAAUCAAAUAAUCAAAAAGUAUCGAUCGAAAACUUUGCGUAAAAGCGAUACGCGAUGGCCGUCUUUUGAAGAAUUUAUUUUAUACCUUUUCGAUUGUAUCAAAGACGGGGAAACGUUAGAUAUGCAUUGGACUCCUAUAACCGAGUUCUGCACGCCAUGUAUGUUCGAUUUUGACGUCAUAGCGCACACGGAAACUUUGCAGGAGGAUCAAGAAUAUAUUAUUUUUAAAGCAGGAUUACAGCACAAAAUCAAACCCGAAUGGAAAAAUUCCGGAAGAGGAGUAACAGCGCAACAAAUCGAGAAAUAUUAUUCUCAAAUAACCAGAGCUCAAAUAUUACAAUUAUAUCAUAUUUAUAGAUACGAUUUUGAACUUUUUAAUUACACGCUUAACGGCUACAUAGAGGUAGGUCAAAUUGAUAAGGACCCAUCGGCUCUUUUACAAGCAAUAAACAUUAAAGAUUCAAACAUAAAAGUUACGGAUGGCUAAAACGUUAAUGAUGUCAUAAAAUAGUCCAACACAAUUAGAAGGAAAAUCAUAGAAAUGAAUCUAUAAAAACUUUAAUGAAGCAAUUAAUUAACUAAUUUACAAGUAGUUAACAACAAUAAAAUAAUUGCAAUUAAUCAAUUGUGAUAGUAAACGAAACAUUAAAAAUUUAAACCGCGAAGAAGUUGAGGUGUUGUAUAUACUUUUAUAAAAAUUUCAUUGUUAAUAAAUGAAUUGUUAUCUUAAAAAAAAAUCUAUUUUUACUUACACGUG